AUGAAUAUAACAGAAACAAUCUUAAAGUCUCCAUCUAAAACAAGCAGAACAGAAACAAUCUUAAAGUCUCCAUCUAAAACAAGCAGAACAGAAACAAUCUUAAAGUCUCCAUCUAAAACAAGCAGAACAGAAACAAUCUUAAAGUCUCCAUCUAAAACAAGCAGAACAGAAACAAUCUUAAAGUCUCCACCUAAAACAAGCAGAACAGAAACAAUCUUAAAGUCUCCACCUAAAACAAGCAGAACAGAAACAAUCUUAAAGUCUCCAUCUAAAACAAGCAGAACAGAAACAAUCUUAAAGUCUCCAUCUAAAACAAGCAGAACAGAAACAAUCUUAAAGUCUCCAUCUAAAACAAGCAGAACAGAAACAAUCUUAAAGUCUCCAUCUAAAACAAGCAGAACAGAAACAAUCUUAAAGUCUCCAUCUAAAACAAGCAGAACAGAAACAAUCUUAAAGUCUCCACCUAAAACAAGCAGAACAGAAACAAUCUUAAAGUCUCCACCUAAAACAAGCAGAACAGAAACAAUCUUAAAGUCUCCACCUAAAACAAGCAGAACAGAAACAAUCUUAAAGUCUCCAUCUAAAACAAGCAGAACAGAAACAAUCUUAAAGUCUCCAUCUAAAACAAGCAGAACAGAAACAAUCUUAAAGUCUCCAUCUAAAACAAGCAGAACAGAAACAAUCUUAAAGUCUCCAUCUAAAACAAGCAGAACAGAAACAAUCUUAAAGUCUCCACCUAAAACAAGCAGAACAGAAACAAUCUUAAAGUCUCCACCUAAAACAAGCAGAACAGAAACAAUCUUAAAGUCUCCACCUAAAACAAGCAGAACAGAAACAAUCUUAAAGUCUCCACCUAAAACAAGCAGAACAGAAACAAUCUUAAAGUCUCCACCUAAAACAAGCAGAACAGAAACAAUCUUAAAGUCUCCAUCUAAAACAAGCAGAACAGAAACAAUCUUAAAGUCUCCAUCUAAAACAAGCAGAACAGAAACAAUCUUAAAGUCUCCACCUAAAACAAGCAGAACAGAAACAAUCUUAAAGUCUCCAUCUAAAACAAGCAGAACAGAAACAAUCUUAAAGUCUCCAUCUAAAACAAGCAGAACAGAAACAAUCUUAAAGUCUCCAUCUAAAACAAGCAGAACAGAAACAAUCUUAAAGUCUCCAUCUAAAACAAGCAGAUGUCCUAUUCCCCUUGGAUGGAAAAGAGACUCAAGCUUUUUUUUUUGGCACUUGUACAAUUAA